AUGGGCAGACAUGGUGCAUCAUCAUUCCCUUUUCUCUUCUUCAUCUCAUUUGGUCUCCUCAUUACCACCACUCCCUUAGCUUCGGGAUCAUGCUACUACCCUGACGGCACACUCGCCGGGGCCGAGUACCAAGCAUGCAGCAAUUACGAGGGCGCCAUCGGCCCGUGCUGCGCAUUAAAUCGCACUACGGAGAUCAGUAACGGAACUUCACAAAAUUGGACGCGAGAUACAUGCCUUCCAAACGGGCUGUGUAAGAACGUGUCAUUCCAGGAAGGCAAAACAAUUUAUGCCUACUGGCGGGAUCAGUGUUCGAGCCCCGACUGGCCCGGCGACAGAUGUCCGAGAAUCUGUCUUGAAGGAAGUGGUCGUAACAACACCAUGGAGCUCACCAAGUGCGAUACCGACAAAGACGAGAAUUCGACAACGUGGUGCUGCGGAUUGAAUAACUAUACCUGCUGUGGCACGCCGGAAGCGUUUACGCUUGCGCCGACAAUGAAUGCGCAACCGAGCUCAUCGUCUGCGUCCAUGACGACGAUGCACAGUUCGGCGUCGUCCUCAAUCACCGCUGCGCCGUCUUCAUCAACGUCGACAAGAGAAGCAUCUAACACUCAAACAUCGGCAAGUGAAACAUCUAACACCCAAACUUCGGCUUCGCAUUCCACCCUCUCAGCAGGCGCAAAGGCUGGAGUUGGCGUCGGGGUUUCUUUAGGUACCGUGGCGAUCUUCAGCGUAUUGGGCUUUUUUUUGUUCAAGUGGCGGAGGCGAGGGGCCAGUUCUACCCCUAUUAAGCAAAGUCACCCCAAUGCUCCUGUGAGAAAGAUACAGGAUCGUAUACAGGAAUUGUCGGCUGGUAAGAUGGCAAAGACCUAUGAAUUACCUGGUACCUACGACUAG